CAUAGGAGGCAUAUCACUCAGACAUAUAUACGCAGAGAGAGAGAGAGAAAGCAGAGAGACAUGGUGGGGAUGAUAGCCGGGGAAGGAGAGAUUGAAGAUUUGCAGAGAUGGGUAUCCUCGUCAUCCUUCAAUAAUAUAAAUAAUGCACCUUCUUCAAAACAGCCUCUGCUGUCUUUGAACCACGUUUCCUUUGUCUGUGAAUCUGUCGCCAGAUCCGUCAAGUUCUACGAGGAUGUCCUCGGAUUCGUCCUCAUCAAACGCCCCUCUUCCUUCGAUUUCGAAGGAGCCUGGCUGUUCAACUAUGGAAUUGGGAUCCAUCUGUUGGAAGUGGAAGCCAUUGAUGUGCCGACGAAGAAAGGGCGAAUCAACCCCAAGGACAACCACAUAUCGUUCCAGACGCCGGACAUGGGGCUGAUCAUGGAGCAGCUGGAAGGGAUGGGGAUAGAGUACGUGACGGCGGUGGUGAAGGAAGGCGGCGUGGAGGUGGAUCAGCUCUUCUUCCACGACCCCGAUGGCUACAUGAUUGAGAUCUGCAACUGCCAGAACCUCCCCGUACUUCCCCUGUCCUCCGCCGCUGCCUGUCCCCUUCCCAAGGCCUUGCCACCUGCAGCUGCUGCUGCUGCCAACUCCUUCCAUGGGAAAAUGGAUCAAUGGAAGCUUCGAUGCGCAGGACAAGUGGAGGCUAAUUUGAUGGAAUAUCUGGUGGUGGACAUGAUGGAGAUUUCAUUUUGAAGGACCAUUAAUAUUGCUUAAUUUGCUUUUUCUUCUUUAUUUUGUAUAUUGGAGAGAGAGAGAGAGAGUGAGAGGGUGCUGUUAAUUUAUGUGAAAUAUUAUAUAUGUAUUUAUAUAAAUAGGUAUUUGGCUAUUCUUCUUGCAAUAUUUUUAAAUAAUUAAUCCUCAGUUGGUUGUGAGAGGAAAUAUUAUUUAUGAAGUCUACCCCUUCUUGUCAA